AUAUUGAUUCGGUGCAAAUCCGCCCUGUGCAUAUAUUUCGCGUUAUUUCACCAGUAAUCAAUCAAUUCGAUAUUUUUCCAGUUGAUUCGUUCCGUGUACAUGAUUUUAUAACCAAGGAUAUUGGUAGAAAGAAAUGGUCGGUUGAGUAGAGUAGCAGUAGGCGAGGACCGGGGACUUGGCGAGAAGUGCGCCACUAGUUGGUUACCGCGGCCAUUACGCGAGCGGUCGAAGGCGAUCGUUGCGCGACGAUAUUGCACUAGUUUGAUUCGUGUUCACAAGACGAGAUCGAAUCAUCACUAAUCUUUUUACUUUGUGUUCAAGUUUUCGAAAUCCUGUUGGGAAAUAGGUAGCUAGAGCGUCGACAUGGGUAAGGAGAAGAUUCAUAUAAACAUCGUGGUGAUCGGUCACGUUGAUUCGGGCAAGUCGACGACUACCGGUCAUCUGAUUUACAAAUGCGGUGGCAUCGACAAGCGUACCAUCGAAAAGUUCGAGAAGGAGGCUCAAGAAAUGGGCAAGGGCUCGUUCAAGUACGCCUGGGUAUUGGACAAGCUAAAGGCUGAACGCGAGCGUGGUAUCACGAUCGAUAUCGCCCUGUGGAAGUUCGAGACUGCGAAAUAUUACGUGACGAUCAUCGACGCGCCUGGACAUCGCGAUUUCAUCAAAAAUAUGAUCACCGGGACGAGUCAAGCCGAUUGUGCCGUGUUAAUAGUCGCGGCUGGUAUAGGUGAAUUCGAAGCUGGUAUCUCGAAGAACGGACAGACGCGCGAACACGCUUUGCUAGCGUUCACGCUUGGGGUUAAGCAGUUGAUCGUUGGAGUGAACAAGAUGGACAUGACCGAUCCCCCGUAUUCGGAGGCUCGUUUCGAAGAAAUUAAGAAAGAGGUGUCAUCGUACAUAAAAAAGAUCGGUUAUAAUACAGCUUCGGUUGCGUUUGUACCGAUCUCCGGAUGGCAUGGCGAUAACAUGUUGGAGCCCUCGCCAAAGACACCGUGGUACAAGGGAUGGAAAGUGGAGCGCAAAGAUGGUAACGCUGAUGGAAAGACCCUGAUCGAAGCCCUUGACGCUAUAUUACCGCCGUCCAGACCUACCGAUAAGGCUCUUCGUUUACCGCUUCAGGACGUUUAUAAGAUCGGUGGUAUCGGUACUGUACCGGUCGGUCGGGUGGAGACCGGUAUUUUGAAACCAGGUAUGCUGGUAACAUUCGCUCCAGCAGCGCUCACCACCGAAGUGAAAUCGGUCGAGAUGCAUCACGAGGCAUUAACGGAGGCGUUACCCGGGGACAACGUUGGGUUCAACGUGAAGAACAUUUCUGUGAAAGAGUUGAGGCGUGGUUACGUGGCGGGAGAUUCGAAAAAUCAACCGCCACGGGGGGCAGCCGAUUUCACGGCGCAAGUGAUCGUCCUCAAUCAUCCUGGACAGAUCAGCAACGGUUACACACCGGUGCUCGAUUGUCACACCGCUCAUAUCGCUUGCAAAUUUGCGGAGAUCAAGGAGAAAUGCGACCGUCGUACCGGAAAGACCACCGAGGAGAAUCCGAAGAGCAUCAAGAGCGGAGAUGCCGCGAUCGUAAUGUUGCAACCUACUAAACCGAUGUGCGUCGAAGCUUUCCAAGAAUUCCCUCCGCUUGGUCGCUUCGCGGUUCGCGACAUGCGUCAGACUGUCGCUGUGGGCGUCAUUAAGAGUGUCACCUUUAAAGAUACCCAGGGCAAGGUCACAAAGGCCGCGGAGAAAGCCCAGAAGAAAAAGUAACCAUCAAGCUUCCUCGGAAGCUCGCAGUCCGCCGGCUGGUGCCCGACGAGUGUCUCCUCCGCGAGGAGGUCCUUGGAUAGGAUGCAGUGUGCCGCGGCUGCUCCAUUCAACUCAUACUCGACUAAUAAUAAUAAUACAAAAAAUGAAAAGAUGUUGUGCUUACCCCCGUUACAUUAUCCGGUAGUAUUGAAUCCGCGCAUCUAUCCGAAUUUGCACAUUCAGUUCACCCAUGCCCCGCGCACACCCCACAUAUGCUAGGUGGAUUCUUACGUUUUUACUUAAUUCUUUACAUUGACGAAUAUGUGUCCAAUUACAGGUAAACAACCAUUUAAAGAUGAUAAACGUAUAUAAAGUAAAAAAGAAAAAAAAAAAAAGAAAACGUAAUACUCAGUUCCCUUGAACUCUGUGUAGUUAGGUUUUUCAAUUAAAUGUAUCAACAACAACAACAACAACAUUAUAUACUACCAACAGUUGACCACAGACGGGAUGACGUCGUGUGAUUAUCACAGCUUAUUGCGCGAAACGAAACACGAGGCAGCGGCCGGUCACGAGAUCAGCAGAAAUUCCGUUCUCGCACCGCGACUCGAUAACGCUCUUGUCCACGCUUUCUUCUCGGUUUUUACGAGGAAAACGCGAAGAGAAUGCGUAAUACGCGUAUAUGCAUCCCAUGUGUGUACACAUACACAUGCGCGCGCGCGCGCAUAUACAUAUAUGCAUACAUACAUACACUCUCAUAUACCUAACCAAUCAGAAACCCGGCACAAAGAACCUAAUGCGAUUCAGAAUUGGACACAUGCAAUUGGUUGCCCCCGCUGCUGCCUCGCAUCCCUGACUUUUUAAUCGAUUUCUUUUCGAAGGAUUCAUUAAAGGCUGAUUUGUUCCAAGACUUGGUUGCCUCGCUGCGAAUAAUUUUAUUACUUGUAUAAGAAAUGUAUUUAUCUCUAGUUAGGGAACAUUAGACUGUGCUCCCAAUCCCUUUAGCGGUUCGAGGGAAACUUACUCCCGAUCGAGGAGAUCGGUUCGAUCGAUUUCGAUUCCUUGGUCUCGAGAGCGAGUUUCCAUUCCGAGUUGCCUGUGUUAAUCUCGGUACCCCUAAUAGACGCGUUCUACUAUUGUUUUGACCCUUAGCCAGUAUUAUGUUGAUGUAAUAAAAAAAAAAUUUUAA